AUGCAGUCAAUGCUGGGACGGGGUAUGCUGCGCCAAGCUGCGCGGGCGCUGCCGCGCGUGCCGCGCGCCACACACCAGAGCGUGCGAUUCUAUGCUGCGCCGAUUCCUCGCAAGCCAGAGUACGCUCAGAUCACGCCUGCGAUUCUAGAAGAGAUUGCCGGCGCCCUCUCCACGCCGCAGACUUCGCUCCUGAGCACGCUGGGGGGCGGCUCGUGGAACCAGCUGGAGGCGUCCGAGCUCGAUGGGUACAAUAACGACUGGAUGGGAAAGUACCUCGGCAAGUCGGCCUGUGUGGUCCGGCCCAAGACCACGGAGGAAGUGUCGCGCGUGAUGCAGGUGUGCUAUGCGAACAACCUCGCCGUCGUCCCGCAGGGCGGCAACACGGGUCUGGUCGGCGGCGGCGUGCCGGUGCACGACGAGGUCAUUUUGAACCUCGGCGCGCUGAACAAGAUCCGCAGCUUUGACGCAAUGUCGGGCACGCUGGUGUGCGAUGCGGGGUGCAUCCUCGAGGCGCUCGACGACCACGUCGCUGAGCACGGCUACAUGAUGCCGCUCGACCUCGGUGCAAAGGGCAGCUGCCACAUUGGCGGAAAUGUGGCGACGAAUGCGGGCGGUCUGCGUUUCCUGCGCUACGGCUCGCUGCACGGCAGCGUCCUGGGCCUCGAGGUCGUGCUGCCCAACGGCGAGAUCCUCCCGGGCCUGCAGACGCUCCGCAAGGACAAUACCGGCCUUGAUCUGAAGCAGCUCUUUAUCGGCUCCGAAGGCACGCUCGGCGUGAUUACCGGUGUAUCGAUCGCGACGCCGCGCCGUCCGAGUGCGAUGAAUGUGGCUGUGUUUGGUGUCGACUCUUUCGAGGCGGUGCAGGCCACAUUCCAGAUGACCAAGAAGCAUUGUGCCGAGAUCCUCUCUGCGUUUGAGUUUGUGGACCAAGAGUCGUUUGGGAUCGUGCUGAACAACGCCUCGGCGGCGCCCCGUGAUCCGUUCGCAGAGCGCCAUCCGAUGUACGUGCUGGUCGAGACGAGCGGAUCGAACAAGGACCAUGACGACGAAAAGCUCCAAGGCCUUUUGGAGGAGCUCCUCGAGUCCGGCACGAUCUCGGACGGUGUACUGGCGCAGGACGAGAGCCAAAUGAAGGGCCUUUGGUCGCUUCGCGAGAGUGUGCCCGAGUCGCUGGGCCACUACGGCAAGGUGUACAAGUACGACAUUAGUAUUCCGAUCGAGCGGAUGUACGAGCUAGUGCUGGACCUGCGCGCACGCUUUAUGGAGUACGACAUGCUCUCUACGCCCGAGCGGCAAGGGCCGGUGAAGGCCGUGUGUGGCUACGGACAUAUCGGCGACGGCAACCUCCAUAUCAAUAUUGUCGCACAGGCCUACGAUCCGGCCGUGGAGGCGGUGAUCGAGCCGUAUAUCUACGAAUGGGUCGCCAGCGUCCGGCAAUACAAAGCCUCGAUCACCGCCGGCGCGGAGGGCUUCGCCUUGGGCAGCGUAGCUACACUCUUUGGUGGCACCUUCCUUCAGCGCAGGUCUCCCACGAUCCGCAACCUUCCUGUCGCUAUCAAGUUUUCCAUGGUUGUGUCUGGUGGUCUGGCCAUUGCCAUGAUUUACGCUGAAAAGGCCGGCAUUGCUGUUGACGAGGCGCACUUCUCGGAUGCAGCUGCCAAGGCGAAGCGUAGUAGGAUGUCAGAGCUUGACAAGCGCUGGGACGAGCUCACCCCUCGCGACCAGGCUCUGACCUGGGCCAAGGACAACAAGUUCAGCGUCGUGAUUGGCAGCUGGCUCAGCUCGAUGACCGGCUCGUGGCUCUACAUCCAGUCGCAGCCGCUUUCCUUCUCGCAGAAGUUGGUCCAGGCUCGUGUGUGGGCCCAGGGCCUUACGCUCGCUUCGCUGCUGAUCAUGGCCGGUAUUACGCACAUUCCCACGGCCGGUGACAAGAUCCUCGAGCAGGAGCGCACGAGCGGUGACCACUCGUGGCGUAACAUCCUCCACGACGACAACUCGUCCGAUAAGCAGGUAUACUCGCGGCAAGAAGAAAACACUGCCCGCAAGCUCGAAGCCGAUAUUCUCUCCGAGACCAAAGGCGCGUUUGACAAGGCCAAGAGCGAGGCCAAGGACGUCGCCAAGGACACAGAGAGCGGAGCAAAGGACCUUGCCAAGGACGCCAAAGCCGAGGCCAAGGAUGCCGCCAAGGACGCCGAGAGCGGAGCUAAGGACCUUGCCAAGGACGCCGAGAGUGGAGCCAAGGACAUCGCCAAGGAUGUCAAGGGCGGAGCCAAGGUCAUCGUCAAGGAUGCCGAGGGCGGAGCCAAGGUCUUCGCCAAGGACGCCGAGAGCGAGGCCAAGGAGCUCACCAAGUAG